UAAAAGUGUAAACAGUUAAAAUGGCGUCUGAUGCAGAAAAGUACGAUGCAGCUCUGUUAGGAAUUUUACAAAACGAAGGCAAAGUGGCCCCUUUUCUCGAUGUUAUUUUAGGAUUUCUUUAUAGAAGAACUGAUUUUUUUCGCAUAAUGAAGGCCGACACAGAUAGCUUAGGUUUUCCACCUGGUAUUGCUUUCAAGCUGUUGGAAAAUAUUUUUAAAAAGUAUGAGUCUUUGGCAGCAAAAGACUCCAAGAGGGCUGAGCAAGUGAAGAAAUCAAGAGAAAUUCAAGCAGCCAGUGCCACUGAAAACAGUCAGCCUGUACAGAUGGAUAUUACAGAGGACGCCAAUGUACCACCUCUGGAGGCAAAAAAUGAUCAAAAAGUUACUAAAUCUCAAUCAGAAGGAGAAGUUAAGGGAGGGGUGAGUGGAAUAGAAGAAACACAUUCAGCAGAGCGACUUGAAGAUUGUGUUGAAGAAAAGGAAAAGGAGGACCCUGAAUUAGCCAGGCAGCGCAGAGAACUCCAAGCUAAUCCACUGACUUACAAUGGUGCGGAAUAUGAUGCAUAUUUUUGGUCUCAAACCAUUACAGAGGCUGAUGUCAGGGUCAAAGUUCCUAAGUCAGUAGUGAAAGGCAGACAAGUGAAAGUGGAAAUCCAAAAGAAACACAUAACAGUAAAAAAAUUAGAGCAAGAUGGAACAUGGUCAGAUCUGGUAAACGAUGAUCUCAGUUGGGAAAUUAAUAUGGAAGAUUCUAUGUGGACUCUAAACCCAGGAGAAUAUGUCCAUAUUAAUUUAGAGAAAAGACAAGAGCGAUGGUGGGAGAAUGUAUUUGUGGGCGAACCAAAAAUAAACACCCAAAAAAUUGAUUGCAGUCGACCAAUGACAGACUUAGAUGACGAAGCACAGGCAAAAAUUGAGGAGAUGAUGUACAACCAGCGGCAGAAACAACUGGGACUACCACAGUCCCAUGAGACUAAAACACAGGAAGUACUUAGAAAGGCCUGGGAUGCUGAAGGCUCUCCAUUUAAAGGCCAACCCUUUGACCCAAGUCGUUUUAAUGUAGACCCUAAUGGAAUUAUUAAUUUUAAAGAUACAUGAUUCAGUUUUUAUUUUUAAAUGAAUUCCAGAACUUUGUACAUUCACUGAUUUAGCUCUUCAUUACGCUAUAAAUCACAGCUAUGCAUAUUCACCCAGCUGAUUGAAAUAAAAGAUUUUUAAAAUCUUG